UGCGCUUUCUAUGUUUCACUGCGUCCGUUCGUCUGUCUGUCUGUCUGUCAGUCAUCCACGUGUUGCGUCUCGCGUCCCCGUCGGAGGUCUCCGGUAAUGAACCCACAGGAGUGAUCGCCAUCACACCGGACUUUUCCAUGUUUGACAGAUUAACCGUGAGCACGAGCAGUUUGUGCUGAAGUAUUUCUGAGGCAGGUAGAGUAAAGCAGGUGACGGGGUGCCAUGCCAGCUGCUGCUCCCCUGUUGCUGCUCCUCGCCAUCUUGUGGUGGCCUCUGGUAUUUCCCCUGGCCCGUGGUCAUCUUCAGAGCGUCCCGACGUUCAUCUCCUUCAAUGGCUCCCGCCUCAAUCACCUUCUGCUCGACACCCGCUCGGGUCACGUCUACGUGGGGGCGGUUAACGUGCUUUAUCACCUCUCGGCAGACUUGCAGCUGCUUUCCUGGGGCAAAACGGGACCUAAACUGGACAGCCCUGAUUGCCUACCCCCCAUCGACCCCAUCGAUUGCACCCAGGCUGAAAUCACGGACAACACCAACAAACUUCUGUUGCUAGAAGAGGUCGAGGGAGGGCAGCCAAAGAGCCUCAUCGUGUGUGGGACGGUCCUGCAGGGGAUCUGCGAAAAGCGGAGCCUUGACAACAUCUCUCAGAUCCUGUACAAGACGGACAAUCCCGUGGACACUCAGUAUGUGGCUGCGAAUGACCCUCGCGUGUCCACGGUGGGCGUGGUGGUGGAGCAGAAAGGAGUUCAGCUUAUGCUGGUCGGUCGGGGUUACACCAGCAAAGGGCCCGGUGGCAUUCCUCCAAUCACAAUGCGACGUUUGGCCUCAAUACCGCAACAUUCUGCGCCAGCGUUCUCCCACGAAGAACUUGGUAAGCUGGUCGUCAGUAGCUAUUCAGAAUACAACAAUAACUUUGUAAAAACCUUCCACCACAACAAUUAUGUCUACUUCGUUUUCUCUCGCCGUGGCGUGGUUAAACGAGAGUACCAGACGUACGUUUCGAGACUCUGUGCGGGCGACCCUAAUUUCUACUCUUACGUGGAGGUGCCGCUUUCCUGCGGCGUAGGAUAUAAUUUGGCACAAGCGGCCAUGCUUGGCACGCACCGGGAACAUCCUACUCUGUUUGUGGCCAUGGCCAUGGGGCAAGCUUCGACCCCCACAACUACAGACAGGUCGGCUCUUUGUGUGUACAAGGUGGAAGAUCUGGAUAAAGCCCUGCAUGCUGCCCAACUCUUGUGUUACACACAGGAGGGAAAGGAUUCCAAUAACAAGGAGAAGGCUUAUAUCGAGUACGAAGUGUCCUCCAGCUGUCUGAAACUCCCGCAGACAUCUCUGACCGAGUACCCGUGUGGCGGAGAACACACGCCCAGCCCCAUCGCCAGCGCUGUUGCUCUCGAGGCCACACCUGCUUUCACCUGGACUCCUUCCAUCACCGCCGUCACCACGGCAACCGAGGUCAGCCACACCAUCGUAUUGCUAGGGGACAAAAGCGGACGGCUGCACAAGGUGUUCCUUCAUGCAAAUGGUACCGGUACUAAAUAUGACACUGUGGAGGUGGAUCCAAUGAGCCCCAUUAACGCUGACCUUCUGUUGGACUCAACCAACCAGAGCGUCUACGUGCUGACUGACAGAAAGGUUACCAAGCUCGAUGUUGCUCAGUGCGAGAAGCAUUUGGACUGCCACUCCUGUCUGUCUAACAGAGAUCCGUACUGUGGUUGGUGUUCGCUGGAGGGCAGAUGCACACGAAAGAUGGGAUGUGCACGACACGCUCAACCAAACCACUGGAUCUGGAGUUACGGCCAUGAGCAUCAAUGUAUCUCCAUAGAGAGCGUUAAACCUGCCAUCCAAAGCAGAGAACAGCAAACAGAGGUCUCUUUCACAGUCCUUCAGUUGCCGGUCCUGUCGGAGGAUGAGUCUCUAUCUUGCGCUUUUGGGAGUUUGGCUGCUCAGCCUGCGGUUGUCACGGAGAACAGAAUCAAAUGUCAAUCACCAGAACCCGAGCAGCUUCCCCCCAGCCCACCAGGCAACGAUCACGUGUCUGUCCGGAUGGCACUGAAGUUUGGAGAUGUGACUAUCACGCACACAAACAUCACCUUUUAUGACUGCAACGCGGUCGGACGACUUAAUGUCACAUCACCGUGCAUGGCGUGUGUUAGCAGCAUGUGGCCGUGUCAUUGGUGCGUGAAGGAUGAACUCUGUGCUCAUGAGAACGGCUGCCCCAGUCAUCAUAUCAUCCAUAACAGCAGGGAGGACUCAACGCCCCGCGGGCCCGAAUCUUGCCCCUGCGUUUGGGCCCUGCAAAGCUCGCCUCUGGUUCCUGUUGGUUUUGACACCGAGAUCUCUUUACAGGGCAAAAACCUGGACAUAUUCGAGGAUGAGAAAGAUUACAAAUGCGUGCUGGUCAUCGAAGGCCAGGAACUGGAGUUAUCGGCAACGCUGGACCGCGGUGAAGAAACGGGGACGCAUGUGUUCAAGUGCGCCGCUCAUAAGUUUCAGUAUUCAGGAAAGCAGUUUGAAUAUUACGCUCCAGUAUAUCUGCAGUGGGGGACGAAGCGUAUAGAUUCAGCUCCACAUCUUCGUCUGCAGCUGUACAACUGCGCAGUCGGGCAGUCGGACUGCAGUCAGUGUCACGCAGUCGCAGCUGAUUAUGGGUGUGUGUGGUGUGCCGAUGAAGCACCUGGUUGUGUGUACAACCAAUCAUGUGUCAGUGAAACUGUGGACACCUGCCCUCCUCCUCUCAUUACACAGGUCGAACCGCUGACUGGACCACUGGAGGGCGGCAUACUACUGACAAUCCAGGGUUCAAACCUGGGCCAGAGCUUUCAGGAGAUCCAGUCAGGUGUGACGGUGGCAGGGGUCACAUGCAGGCCUCUCCCCGAAGCCUAUCGCAUUUCCACCAGCAUCAUUUGUGAGCUGCAGGCCAGCACAAACGUCUCAGCUGGGCCGGUCAUCAUCACGGUGAGAGGUUCAGAAAGAGGAGAAUCCCAGCAGACGUUCUCGUAUCAGGACCCAAAGCUGAACAAGAUUGUGCCUGACAAGGGUCCUUUAGCUGGAGGGACGAUGCUCACCGUACACGGGACUCAACUGCUGACGGGACAAAGAACAGAACAAAACGAUCAAAUCACAGGACUGCAAGCCUUCGUCGGCUCACAGCCCUGUCGCAUAGAUAGAGUGAGCGAUACAUGGCUGAUCUGUCGAACAAGUCACUCAAACCAAACUGGAAAAGUGCCAGUCAAAGUCACGUUUGGAAAAGCAGAAAGGAUUGUGGGUAGUGUCCUCUUCAGCUAUAUGGAAGACCCGGUUAUUACUGAUGCGACUCCUAUGGAGAGUUUUUACGGGGGUGGACGUGCCGUAUACGUGAGCGGACAAAACCUAAAUGUCGUCCAGCAGCCGAAGAUGUCAGUCGCUUAUGAGCCGAAAGAUAAUUAUGGCAGAAGACGCAGACAUACCCAAGUAUCUAUCAGAAAUCCCCUGAUAACGAGACAGGAGUUGUGCACCAACGUUACCUCAGAGCGAAUGAUUUGCAGGACGCCGUCAGUGCCGCCAGACUCCCGGAUAGCACGAGUGUGGUUUGAAAUGGACAACGUCCACAUCGAUUUCCAGACCAUCAAGGGCAAACAGUUCAUUUUUCAACCAAACCCGGAGUUAUUCCAGCUGAACAGUGAGGCUCCGGGAACGGCCAUUCGCUUCAAGCCCGGUGGAGUCCUGGCUGUGGAGGGGAGGGGCUUGACUCUCGCCAUGAGCAAAGAAGAAGUUGUAGCUCGGCUGGGCAAUGAAGAGUGUGAUGUUAAAACUUUGGAUAACACCCAUCUGUACUGCGAACCGCCUGAGGUGCAGCCACUCGCCCUGGAUGAUGACGACUUACCCAGACUUAAAGUGUUUAUGGGCAAAAUCGAGUUUGAUUUGGGUCCGGUUGAGUACGACAACGAUUUACACUCUCCAGUGCCGCUGGCUGCUCAGAUCGGGCUGGCGGCGGGGGCAGCGGUGGUCGUUCUUAUAGUGUUGGUCAUCAUUCUCAUGUACAGAAGGAAGAGUAAACAGGCUUUAAGAGACUAUAAAAAGGUUCUCGUGCAGCUGGAGACUUUGGAAAUAAAUGUCGGAGACCAAUGCAGAAAAGAGUUUACUGAUCUAAUGACCGAGAUGAUGGAUCUGAGUAGUGACGUCGGUGGUCCUGGCAUCCCUUUUCUGGAUUAUCGCACAUAUGCAGAGCGUGUUUUCUUCCCCGGACAGAAGGGGGCGCCACUGAGUCAAAAUCUGGACCUGCCUGAAUCUCGCAGACAGACGGUUGAACAGGGACUGGGUCAGCUGAAUAACCUGCUUAACAACAGACUUUUCCUAAUACGGUUCAUUCACACUUUGGAAGCACAGCAGAAUUUCUCCCAAAGGGACAGAGGUUACGUGGCGUCUCUACUUACGAUGGCCCUUCAUGAUAAGUUGGAAUACUUUACAGAUGUUAUGAAGACCCUACUUGGAGAUCUGGUUCAGCAAUACGUAUCCAAGAACCCAAAACUGAUGCUGCGCAGGACUGAGACGGUUGUGGAGAAGAUGCUGACCAACUGGAUGUCCAUCUGUCUGUACUCUUUUCUCAAGGAGGUCGCCGGUGAGCCUCUCUACAAGUUAUACCGAGCCAUUAAAUACCAGGUGGAUAAAGGACCCGUGGACGCGGUGACGGGCAAAGCCAAGCGCACGCUCAAUGACAGCCACCUGUUCAGAGAGGAUAUAGACUAUUGCUCAUUGACUCUGACAGUGCUUGUGAAAAGUGGAGUGGAGGUCCAGCCCUGUCCUGUGAAAGUUUUGGACACCGACACCAUUACGCAGGUUAAAGAUAAAAUCUUGGACCAGAUUUAUAAAGGAAUACCGUACUCACAGAGACCAGCCGCGGACUCGCUCGAUCUCGAGUGGCGAUCGGGCCAGGCCGGUCACCUGACUCUUUCUGAUGAUGAUGUCACAGCUAUCGUUCAUGGUCGCUGGAAAAGAAUCAACACGUUGCAGCACUAUAAGGUUCCUGACGGGGCCACAGUGGCUCUCAUCCCUCGUUCCCAGAGCUCUUUUGGAGUAAAUCAGAUCUAUCAAACAGGAGAAAAAACCCCUAUGCUGGAGGGUGAGGAAGAAGAGGGUCUUCGACUGUGGCAUCUGGUGAAGCCGAGCGAAGACCCUGAGAUCCCCAAACACAGGAAGAGCAGCAUGAGAGAGAGAGAACGAGCAAAAGCCAUCCCUGAAAUCUACCUGACACGACUGCUUUCAAUGAAGGGCACUCUGCAGAAGUUUGUAGAUGAUGUGUUUGUUGCUAUACUGAGCACCAAACGGCCUCCACCCAUCGCCGUCAGAUUCUUCUUCGACUUUCUGGACGACAUGGCAGAGAAACAUGGUAUUGAUGACCCAGAAACCGUACACAUCUGGAAGACAAACAGUUUACCUUUGCGUUUUUGGGUGAACAUCCUGAAGAACCCUCAGUUUGUGUUUGACGUGCAGGUGACAGACAGCGUUGAUGCUGUCCUCUCUGUCAUUGCACAGACCUUCAUCGAUUCCUGCACUACAUCCGAGCACAAAGUGGGCCGGGAUUCUCCCGUAAAUAAGUUGUUGUACGCCAGAGAAAUCCCACGGUACAAGCAGCUGGUGGAGAGGUACUAUAGUGAUAUUCACAACGCUGUGUCCGGCUGUUAUCAGGAAAUGAACUCGACCCUCACCGAGCUGUCAGGGAGCUUUGCGUCGGAGAUGAACAGUUUGGUGGCCUUGCAUGAGCUGUACAAAUAUAUCAACAAAUAUUACGAUCAGGUCAUCAUGUCUCUGGAAGAAGACGCCGCAGGUCAAAAAAUGCAGUUGGCUUAUCGGCUUCAGCAGGUCGCCGCCCUGGUGGAGAAUAAAGUCACCGACCUUUAGGCUUUGACCUUGACGUGUCACAAAAGCAUAAUCAAUAAUUACAUCUGAUCAAUGCUUCCUCAACUAUGAACUGGUGAAAUCCAACUGCAAUGCCAAACUUCUUGCGUGCUUCCACAAACUUUCCCAUAAACUUUCUGUAAAGUAAAAAAAGGGAACAGGAAAUGAUGGAAUUAUCAUUUCCUUUAAACAUUAAUGGAAAUCGUUUGGUUUUUAGACUGAAGCUCUGGACUACUAAAAGUAGUAUUGACUGAUGUGUGCGUGCGUGCGUGUGUGUUGUUUUGUCUGAAAGAGGCUGCUGAAUAAUGUAUGUGAAGUUUACUUGAUUCACACUUUUUGACCCCAUGACACUACUGAACGAGCUCUCACGUGUGUUGUGACAUGAUGAGACAAUUUUAUACCAUUUUCAUACUUCUGUUCAAAUGAUCAAAUCCAUCAUAUUGUGUUUCACGGACUGCCACGUGAAGACUUCAGCUUAAACAUUACAAUCAUGCAAGCGCUAUGGACGUGUCCAGCGUUUUCGUUGUAAAGUAUUUUGUUCAGAAAUAUUUUGUUUCACUUCAUUUGUACUUCCUUAUCAAAUCCCAAACUGAAAGACUGUCAUCAGAUGUGUGGUGUUAAAAUUUUAUACUAACAUUUCUACUUUAGUAUUGCAGGUCAAAUCACAAGUAUUAAAUCUGCGACUCUACAAUGUUCGUCUUCGCACACAAGUGCCAUGAGUUAAAAAAGCACAAAUGUUGUGUUUGCACGUAAUUGUGUAGCUUUAUGUGUGCAUGCAAAACAAAUCACAGUUUUGGGGUUUUUGUUGUUGUUGUUAAGAUAUCAAAAGACAGGAAUGGUUAGGAGGUUUUGAUCAGACUAAAUUCUGGUUUGUAGCACUAUGACCUGGUUUACUUUGAUGUACGAGUUAAUCUCACAAAAACAUGUCAGGGUCAUAUUCUAUUCCAAGAUUGAAACUGUAUUUGCAUUUAGUUAAAACAAUUAAGCUAAAUUUAAGAUGCACUACUUUUGUAAGCUUGUAAAAACAAGCCUGAUUUGAUGCUAAAUUUCUUUUGUUUUUGAAAUAUGACAUGGAGAUGUUUUUGAUACAUUUUGUGAUAUUCACCCAUUUACAGCAUUGGUUUUCUGUAAUGCCUGCUUUGUAUUUAAUAGCACAAGUGAGUACGUUGCUCUGAGCUACAAUGUCAUCCAUUUUAUGUCAAAAUGAAUUCAAAAAGGUGCAGCUUCUGGGGAAAUACUGAAACAAAACUGGGACGGAUUAUUGCAUUUUGGGGUAAAAAUCUUUAUUGCAAUUUUCCCGCUUCGUUUCAGUGAUUUGAAAAGCGGCUUUUGGGUUGACAGAAGUGUAAAUCACACACUGAAUAGAAACUAACUUAUUAUAUUGUAAAUAAUGCUUAUUUAUACGUGAACGCCAAAUGUGCCUUCUUUGUUACAUUUUAUAACGUCUGCCAAUGAAAGUACAAAUGCUUGACAUUAGUUGCCAAAUGGAAAAGAUGAUGAACUUGUUGGGCUGGGCCUUAGAUUAAUUCUGUCAUAUUGAGCUCUUGGUCUUCAGGAUCGAGUAAAUUCAGUAUAAACGCUCCUGUGUCACCCGAUUCAUUUCUACUUGUUCUUACCCUGAUUUAUCAUCUCAGAUGGUGUAAAUUGUAAUUUAGCAUUGACAUUAAACUGUAUUUGUGAAUCUUUUGUGUUUGCCUGAAGCACUUUGUGUUUACAUGUUAUAUGACCCAUAAUGUCUAAAUGCAUAAUACAUACUAAAUACAUGAGUAAAUAAAAUAGGGAUGUAUGCUUCAACACGGUUCCUUUGAUGUAUAGAAUGUUUUUUUCAUUUAUUGAAGGGAUAUAUGGAUUAGAUGCUAAUAUCAAAUUUAUUUCGGCUUCUCUGAUCUUGCAUUUAUUGACAUGAUUCUGAGCUAUUAAGCUUCAUCAUACUGAUGUAUGCACAGGGUUGUGUUUUAAAAAAUUGAAGACAAUAACACCAAGCGUAUUCAUUUGCUAUCCUAUGUGUGUUUAUUAAGCAGUUGUUGAAUGUGUUUGGCCUCUUGAUGUGUUUUGAUGAUUAUAGAUCGAUGCAUGCUUGAGAUUUGAUUGGAUUUUCUGAUUGGUCUGGUUUGCAUCAUCACAGGCUGCAUUAUGAGUGCAUGACACAAGUGUAGCUCUCCGUGCGUCUGCCUGUGAAUGAUGUACGCGUGUGUGCAUGAGAGUUUGUAAGUAUUAAUAAUAAUUUUUUGUAAAUAUCUUAUGUUAUACACAUUUCCCUGAGAGAAAAAAGAGAGACUGCUUGAUCUUUUUGUCUGUUUGCAGAUAUACAUUUAGUUGUGUAAAAGAUUGUGGGUGUGUGUGGAGCCCUUGCCCAGGACCAUGUUUUACACAACUUUUGUACAAGGGAAAAAUAAUAUAUGGUAAUUUUCUAAUGAAGUUUGGGGGGACGAGAACUUGGACCCAUUUUCAACACUUACACUUUUGUAUUUGUAUUGUGUAUAGUUUGCUAACAAUUGUGUAUAUGUGCCUGUACAUAUUGUGAAGAGAUGAUGAUGUUCGUUUUUUUUUUCAACUUGGAUAGAAUUACUCUCUUCAUUGAAGAGACAUUGGGAGCCAAUAUGAAAUGUUGAAAUGAGUGAAAUUUGUAUCUGGAAAAAAUAAAGCUAUAAUUUUUAAAAAAUAAAGUUGUGUGUUUACCAGUU